GGCAAAGAGGAGAAUUUAUUAUAAGUUUAUUGGUGGGGAGGUUGUACAAAGAACUGAGGACAGGAUUACAGUUGGACAUCAGACAUGAACAAGAUUGAGGAUACAAGUACUAUCCGGAUCUUCCCUCUUCUUUCCCUGUGCUCCUCUCCUUGUGUCUUUUUACUUUUCUCUUUCUCUGAAGGUGAGCACUUCCCUUCUACUGGUGAAAUCUUACUAACCAUAGUUGCCAAUGUUAUUCCUCACUUAUAGUUCAGUCACUCAGACAAAGGCCAAUCUCUCUCUCAAUUGCAUAUUCCUGGGAAAAGGCUUUGAUUGGUAAAGCUCGAGUCAGGUGCCCAAUCUGGUGCACACAGCUAUGGCCAGGGCUCAGUUUUUCUUCAUGCCUUUCUAUCUUCAUGACUGCUCUGGCUGCAACCAUGCAUUGGAUGGAGUGUUUCUUAGAAAAGGUUUCCUGGGCAGACAUUCUAAUAGAGAUCCACUUCAGUGGAGAUGCAUUCAGUUUUAUUUGUCUUUUUCUGCUGCUUUAAAAAAAAGUUGAGAUGUAAUGUACAGUAAAAUGCACAUCACUUAAAAGUUUAGUUUGAGGAGUUUUGACAAAUGUAUGCCCACAUCCCAGUCAAGACAUGGGACAUUUCCAUCACUGCAGAAAGUUUCCUCAUGCCUCCUACAGUCAAUCUCCACUCCUCAAAGACAACCACAGUUCCGAUUUCUAUUACCAUAGAAUAGCUUUGCUGGUUGUAGAACUUCACAUACAUGAAAUCAAACAAAUAUGGUCUUUGGCCUUUUUCAUUCUACAUAAUGUAUCUGAGAUUGUUGCUAUAUCAAAAGUCUUUUUUUUGUGGCAGAGAUUAUUUCACUAUAUAUAUAUACCACGUUUGUUUAUUCAUUCACCUGUUGUUAGACAUUUGGGUUGUUUUCAGGUUUUUUGACAUUAUGAACAUUUUAAUAUAAGUCUUUUUAGAGUUAGAAGGAACUGUACAUUAAAUGCUGAGAUUACAAAAGAUGACUUCAGUUUUGAAUAAAUUGAGUCUGUAGUACUUGUAGGACACUCAGGUAGUAUUCUGGGCUCCUCUUGGAGUACAGUCUAAGUUGCAGAAGAGAGACAGGGUCUAGCAAUGUAAAUUUCUGUAGUCGCCAGCCUUGAUGCAGAGUUAAAGCUAUGGGAAAGUCCUCAGGCAGAGGACAAGCAUUAGACAAGAAAAUGCCCAUAUAUGAAACCCUGCGAAGCAUCAGUAUUUGAGGAGCAGACUAAAAAGGAAUCGUCUGUGGAGGCUAAGAGAAGCAUGGCCAUUUAUCUUUGUGUCCCGAUCAUCAGGCACAGGACCCCACACACAGUCACUUCUCAAUGUGCUAAAUUUCACAGAAUGCGUCCAGGGUACCUGGUUCUGGAUAGACCCGGUAGAAGGAGAUAGACCGGGAGGGCAAAUGGCAUGAGGAGUCUCACAGGCCAGAGUGAUUAAAGGGGUGUAUCGGGGCAGGUAAACCCUACAGACUCUACCUGUGCUUAUGCGGGGCUGGGGAGGACGAGUCAUUACAGAUGAAGAAUUAAGUAAGGUCAGACCACUCAGGGCCUUAGAUGGAUGUCACAUUGAAGAAUUUAGACUCCAACAGGCCUGCCACCCUGGGAGGAGUCAUCGCGGAUUCUGGAGAAGGGCGUGACAGAGGAGAUUUCCUUUCGGGAAGUGUAGUCUGGCAGCGGUGCCCCGGUGGUGGCGGCGGCGGUGCUGCUCUUGCUGGUGAUCGUGUGGUGGUGUUAGCGGCGAUAGUGCUUUCCACUGGGCUUUGGCUUGGUAGCCGCUGAAAGAGAACAACGCUGCCGCUGCUGCUGAUUUCAUGCCAUUUCCUGACCCGGCGCUGUAACUUGGCCUCUGAGCCUUGGCCACAGAACGCAGAGGCCGUGGCAUCUGGCCGCAGCUGGGCUGCAGUGCGUGCGCGCCUGGCCUGGUGGUCCGAUGGGAAGCCCGGGGCGGGGCAGCCGCGGGGCGGGGGCGGGGCGUCGCGGAGAUAGGCCACGCCCCUGCCCGCCCGCGCAGGCGCGCUGCGGGUCGUUAGCUGUCAGAGCCAAGCGGCGGGCUGGCGGCGGGCUCCGACGUCUGCGCCAGGACCCGGCUGGCUGAGCCCGGCGCAGCAGCAGCAGCCAGGGCAGCGCGGCCCCUACUCCCUGUCAGGUCGUAGAGGCGAGCAGGGACCAGCUGGUCGCCGGCCCCUCGGGCAAGAUGGGGAACCGGGAGAUGGAGGAGCUGAUCCCGCUGGUGAACCGUCUGCAGGACGCGUUUUCGGCGCUGGGACAGAGCUGCCUGCUGGAGCUGCCGCAGAUCGCCGUGGUGGGCGGCCAGAGCGCCGGCAAGAGCUCGGUGCUCGAGAACUUCGUGGGCAGGGACUUUCUCCCUCGAGGGUCGGGCAUUGUAACAAGACGACCUCUUGUGCUGCAGCUUGUUACUUCUAAAGCAGAAUAUGCUGAGUUUCUACAUUGCAAAGGAAAGAAAUUUACAGAUUUUGAUGAAGUUCGCCUUGAGAUUGAAGCAGAAACAGACCGCAUGACUGGAAUGAAUAAAGGCAUUUCCUCCAUACCCAUUAAUUUACGAGUCUAUUCCCCACAUGUGUUAAAUCUAACCCUUAUUGAUCUACCUGGAAUAACUAAAGUGCCCGUGGGAGAUCAGCCACCAGAUAUCGAGUAUCAGAUCAGAGAAAUGAUUAUGCAGUUCAUCACGAGGGAGAACUGUCUGAUUUUAGCUGUUACUCCAGCCAACACUGAUCUUGCAAACUCAGAUGCGCUGAAGCUAGCUAAAGAAGUUGAUCCUCAAGGUCUGAGAACCAUUGGAGUUAUCACCAAACUGGACCUUAUGGAUGAAGGAACGGAUGCCAGGGAUGUUCUAGAGAACAAACUGUUGCCUCUUCGCAGGGGUUACGUGGGGGUGGUAAACAGAAGCCAGAAGGACAUAGAUGGGAAGAAGGACAUAAAGUCAGCCAUGCUGGCAGAGAGGAAGUUUUUCCUUUCCCACCCGGCUUACAGACAUAUCGCUGACCGAAUGGGAACCCCACACUUGCAGAAGGUCCUUAAUCAGCAACUUACCAACCACAUUCGGGAUACCCUACCAAACUUCAGGAACAAACUACAGGGACAGUUGCUCUCCAUAGAACAUGAAGUAGAAGCCUACAAAAAUUUCAAACCAGAAGACCCAACAAGGAAGACCAAAGCAUUGCUGCAGAUGGUUCAGCAAUUUGCUGUGGACUUUGAGAAGAGAAUUGAAGGGUCAGGGGAUCAAGUAGAUACCCUGGAACUCUCAGGUGGUGCUAAAAUCAAUCGUAUUUUUCAUGAACGCUUUCCUUUUGAGAUAGUAAAGAUGGAGUUCAAUGAGAAAGAAUUGCGAAGAGAAAUAAGCUAUGCAAUCAAAAACAUACAUGGUAUCAGGACAGGGUUGUUUACUCCAGACAUGGCAUUUGAAGCGAUAGUCAAGAAACAGAUUGUAAAGUUGAAAGGGCCUUCCUUGAAGAGUGUGGAUCUUGUAAUACAAGAAUUAAUCAACACUGUGAAGAAGUGUACCAAAAAACUGGCAAACUUCCCCAGACUCUGCGAGGAAACGGAAAGGAUUGUUGCUAACCACAUUCGUGAGCGAGAAGGGAAGACAAAGGACCAGGUAUUGCUAUUGAUUGACAUUCAAGUCUCUUACAUCAACACCAACCAUGAAGACUUCAUUGGCUUCGCAAAUGCUCAGCAGAGGAGCAGUCAGGUUCACAAGAAAACCACAAUUGGAAAUCAGGGAACCAAUCUUCCGCCUUCAAGGCAAAUUGUGAUUCGCAAGGGGUGGCUCACCAUCAGCAACAUUGGCAUCAUGAAAGGCGGCUCGAAGGGAUACUGGUUCGUCCUUACUGCGGAAAGUUUGUCCUGGUAUAAAGAUGAUGAGGAAAAAGAAAAGAAGUACAUGCUUCCCUUGGACAACCUGAAAGUUCGGGAUGUGGAAAAGAGCUUUAUGUCUAGCAAGCACAUCUUUGCACUCUUUAAUACAGAGCAAAGGAAUGUAUACAAAGACUAUCGCUUCCUUGAGCUGGCAUGUGAUUCCCAGGAGGAUGUCGACAGCUGGAAGGCAUCUCUACUAAGAGCUGGGGUCUAUCCUGACAAAUCUGUAGCUGAAAAUGAUGAGAAUGGCCAAGCAGAAAACUUUUCUAUGGACCCACAAUUGGAGAGGCAAGUGGAGACCAUUCGCAACCUCGUAGACUCCUACAUGUCCAUUAUCAACAAAUGUAUCCGAGAUCUAAUUCCAAAAACAAUAAUGCACCUUAUGAUCAAUAACGUUAAAGAUUUCAUAAAUUCCGAGCUCCUAGCACAGUUGUAUUCUUCAGAGGACCAAAAUACCCUGAUGGAGGAAUCUGCUGAGCAGGCUCAGCGCCGGGAUGAGAUGCUUCGAAUGUACCAAGCACUGAAAGAAGCCCUUGGGAUAAUUGGGGACAUCAGCACGGCCACCGUGUCCACUCCGGCACCCCCUCCAGUGGAUGACUCCUGGAUACAGCACUCUCGCAGGUCACCUCCUCCAAGCCCCACAACCCAAAGGAGGCCAACACUAAGUGCUCCCCUCGCAAGGCCCACAUCCGGCCGAGGACCAGCUCCUGCCAUUCCCUCUCCUGGCCCCCACUCUGGGGCUCCUCCAGUCCCAUUCCGUCCAGGCCCAUUACCUCCUUUCCCCAGCAGCAGUGACUCCUUCGGAGCCCCUCCACAAGUUCCAUCUAGGCCUACGAGGGCCCCGCCCAGUGUCCCAAGCCGGAGACCACCCCCAUCACCAACUCGUCCCACUAUAAUCCGCCCACUAGAAUCCUCCCUGUUAGACUAAACGAAGUGUCUGGCAUGGCAAUUAAUCACUAAUGAAUUAUGCGAAAGCAACAUAUUUGAUAACCGUUGCAGUAAAUCAUGAGUAGUCGCAUGUGUGGACAUCAGUAGGCAAGUAACCAGUUUUACUAAUGCAUUCAUCACUCAUCUUCAUUGCUCAUGGUAUGUCAAACCUUUGGGGUUUGACUCAGAAACUGCUAACCUUUAGAGGCUUUAUAUGUUGUACUGACCAAGGUAGGUUUGUAUAGCAGCCCUAUACUUUGGGGAUCAUUUGCCUACCAUGGCAUAUAUUUGAAAUUGCUUUGGACAAGUUUUCUAGGCUAUCUACCAGGUAGCUCAUUAAACAUAAUUCUUCAGAUAUGAGAUAGUGGGCUUAGACCUAAGCCAUACAUAUUUCUUUUCCCACAUUCUGUUUAGGAUGACAGUAAUUCUGUUGUCUACCAUUAAUGCUACUACCUACUCCAUAAUUGCCUAUUUAGCUCCUCUUUUCUUCCUUUUUAUUUCAUAAGACUGCUAGGAAGUGAUUUUUUAAAAUUAGGACUCCUUAAGAAUAAACUUUUCCAGAAGCACGAGGUAGUUUGCAAAGGAAAAGUCUGCACUGUUUGCUCUAAAGAGCUUCUCCUCAUUCCAAUGUGUUUUGCUUCAUGCUAGAAGCAUAUGCAACAGUGAAUAAAAGCUUCUUUUUUUGUUAAUCAGUCAAUACAUUUGGCUAAUUAGUUUCAGAGUUCAAGGAAGAAGCAAAAUAUCACAUCUCUAGAAGUGUUGGGAAAAAUAUAAUUUCUUUCUUUACUUAUAUUCACCUCAUGGUAGGUUAUAUUGAAGGCUGACAUGGAGAAUGUUUACUUUUCUAUUUGCUCUAAUUUUUGGCAUAGCUAACUACACUUUGAUACUAACUCCAGUUUUACUAUUAUUAUUUUGGUUGGAGAAAAAAAUUCACUCUUUACGUGCUAAUUUGUAAUCUUGUUAUGUAAGAAUUUAUCCUACCCUUGAAACAGGCUCAGUGUAACUUUAUAUCCAUUCUAGGCUUUCUUAAUAAAUCUUGAGGCUAUGGGAUAAUCACAUUUAAAGAAUGGUUCCUGAAAUGAAGUCAGUAGAAAUGGCAUGGGAUAAGAGCAGAGCUCACACUUUUACAGUUGCAGUAUUUCAAAGUCCCUAUCCAGGUCACUCCAGAAAAGGGUAUUGAAACGUUGAAAUCUAAAGCAAAUUUGCAAUUUCUUAAGAUUUCUAAAAUUUACCAGAACAGUUUAGCCUGGGGGUUAAUAGUUCAGUCUUGAGGCUAAGUUUUGGACUACCAAGGACCAGAUGAUUCACAUGUAGGAAACAGCCAGAAGCCAACUGGAAUUUUGUGUGCUAACUGUUCCCAGACAGCAGAGCAAGUAUUCACUGAGUAGGGGUGUCCCAUGACACUAUUUCGUAUUCUACAGAAGUAAAUCAGGUUUCACCAACUGAAAUGUCUCCCUUUGAAAGUAGCAAACAUGAUUUGUAUGUUAACUUAACUUUAAUUUCCUGUGUAGUUUAUACCCAGAGCAGAUACUCAUAAAGUAUAAAGUAAAAACUUUUAACCAUUAUUAAACAGAGAACUUGCCAUGUUGAGUGCCAUUGUAUUGAACUUAUUCUAAAGGCUUACGCUAACCCAUUUAUAACUGGUAAAAAUCAGAAAAUACAAGAUUUACAUAAAGGUCAUUUCAACUUUUAAGGUUACCAGUGAUUGUAUAAAAACAUCACAAUCCUAAAUCCUCUCGUAUCUCACCCCAAACCCCAAACUGGGGGAAAAAAGUUAACUCUUUGUGAAUGGAACCAAUGUGCAAGAUACAUACUGCAUUUUUAAAAUAGUGUCUCAGCUAAAUGGAAAACUGUUAAGCAAACAUCCAUAGUAAAACAAAUAAUCUUCAGUGAGAUCUUUUUAUAAAACUUCUUGUUUUUAGGAUUCCCUUUGCUUCUUCCUUUGAAUUCUCUAAAAUAGGCAGCUAACGGAUUAUAUACUUCAGGGUUUGGCUUUGUGCUAAAUGUGGUUUUGUGUUUUGCUGUAUUUCAAAAUUUUCCUUCUGUUAAAGGAAAAUAUUGUGAAUAACCACUGGUGUGUUCUUAGAUCAGCACAAACCAUGUCAAAAAAAAUUGGAGAUUUUUUUCCAAUUUUCCUUCCACUGAUCUUAGGCAGUAAUAAACAAUGGCAUUUGUCAUCUUUGGCACUUGCUUUUAGAUUAUAGUCCCACAGUUGCACUGCCCCAAUUGUCUACCUUUGUGGGUACAUUUUUGUUCUUUACUCCUAAGUUAUUUCUCAUAGAACCCAGCCUACUCUAGAAUUUCAGCAGUGACAUUGGAGAAUAUUUUUAAUUUGCUGCAGUACUAUGUCAUAUUAUUAGUAUGAAUCUCAUUUCCCAAAGGGUUUGUAUUCUGCUAAAAGGAGAUGCCAAUGUUGAAUGAAGUCUGAAACUCUAGGAUGUGCAUAGUUUGACGUGCAGCAUGCACACCAGGCCUUAAGAUGGGAAUGUAGCUUAAUGAUUUUCUGUUUCCCAUACCAUUUCUAAUCUUUUGUGUAAUUUCCUCUUAACUGAUUGCUCUGAUAUUGUAAACACAAUAGAUGUAGCUCUAUCAUGUCUAGCAUAAUUUAAAAAAUCAGUGUUUUUAGGAUUUGGGAAAAUAAACUGUAAAUGUUUAUUUGAUAGGUAAAUAUAGUUUUAUUGUCACAUGCUAAAUAUUGCAUGCAUAUUGACUAAUUGGAAUAACCAUUUACUCAAUUAUGGACAGAUUAUUGAAAUAGUAUUGAUUUAGAAAAAGUAUAUUGCAUUUCAAAAAACAUCUACCAAGGUUACUCGUCUGCAUAUUGCUUUUAGCCGUGUUUUAUAACAUAGACGAGCAGUAGGGUCUGUUUAUUAGCAAAUUUCCUACUUGUUCCAAUACAAACUCACUUUAUUCUAAAGUAUAUUAAUGAAACCAGUUCCUGUGAUGUAACUAUAAGCCUUCUCGACUUAGACUUAAAAAGUGGUCACAUAGAUUAAUUUUGUGACUUUUUAGUAUAGACUGUAGCCAUAAUUCUCAAAUAUGAAAUGGGACCUAAUACCAGUAUGUGAUAAAUGUUGAUGUUUUCUGUGUACAAACACAUUUUCUAUGCAUGUGUCUCUGUGUAUAUGGCAUAUACCUAGUAAGUAUGUUUCUGUAAGUAUGUGUAUUUUAUGUCCAUUUGAGUAGGUAGGUAGGUUUAAAAAACACUAGUUAAAAUGCCACAAGCAUGAGUGUGAUUGUAUGUGCACUGUGUGUAUAUAUAUAAAUAUAUGUAUAUGUAUGGUUGUAAAUAUCUAUGUAUACAUGUACUUAGUAUGUGUGGUAUCAGGAUAUUUUUUAAACUGUGAUAAUACAACAGAUAGCUUUGAAUGAUCUGCCAUAACAUGUGGUAACAAUAGUUCAUUUCUCAUAACAUAUAUGAGGUAUACAAAAUUUUCUAACUCCAGAUUGUAGUCAUUUUGAGAGGUACAAAGCUCAUAAUUACCAUGACAACAUGGUAAUGUCCAUAGACAUUUGUAUCUGAAUCCACAAGAAGAUCUGAAUCUAAGAAGGAAUUACCUUUGACAAUAUUUUUUGGUAAGAAGUAAAACCUCUGGAGACCUAUCUUUAAGAUCUCUAAUUGGAAUUAUAAAUUAUUUUUGGAUUGCUGAGCUGAAUCUUAAAAAGCUAAGUUGAUAUACAUAGUCAUUUUUCCUCUAUGGUAGAAGUAAAAAAAAAAAAGGGACAUAGCAACAUUAAAGUAGUGGAUUUUUCUGAGUAAAUUUGCUGAAAAUAUAAGAGAGAAGCUAUCUAAUACCUUGGAGGUAGGUCAUCCACUUUUUCAGGUAAACAUUUUUCAUUCGGCAAAUGGCAUAAUUAUUUGAAAGUGACAGGAAUCUCCUCAGAAUGAAGAAUAAAGCCUAAUAGGUCUCUAACUGUUGAACUCAUGAAAGAAGAUAGUGUAUGAGACUUAAGCCAUGAGUUUUGUAUCAUUUCAAUUAGAAGACUACUAGCUGUGAGCUCAGAGUUUAAUGUAAAUGAAUCUAGAUGAUUUUGAAGAAAUGAUUAUUAGUUCACCAGAUCACUCAUUGUACAUUCUAAAAAGCUCAAAUGAGUCUUCUAGAUACUCUUACUCAUCCUGUCUGGUUGCUAUGUUUAAAAUUAUGUGGUGCUGUGUAGGUGAAACUUUAAGAAUAUUUUUGAAGCAUAUGUAAUAUAUGCACUGCUAUUUGUGUGUGUGUGUGUCUUUGUAUAUAUGUAAGAAUGUGUGUAUGUGUGAGAGCAAGAGAGAGGAAACUCAAAGAGGAGUGUUUGUCUUAAGACCUGUUCAUACUGGUAUAUUGGUGAGACUUCUCACCUCUGAUUGGAGGUUUCACAUAUGGCUCAACUCAAGUCAUUAAUCUCUUUUUAAUUUUUACUCUUGAAUUCCUUAAACUUCGCUCAUUAUGAAAUGUUUUAAAAUUAUGAUAAAAAUUACUCUGUCUAACCACUUGCCUUGUCUGCUACCAGUUUGUUAAAAAUUAUUCCCCCCAACCAGUAAUUCCACCACUACUACUUGAUUUGUGUUAUAUUUCCUAUGUACAGCCUUUGUUUUGCUUGCUUGUCUAUUUUUACUUUCCCUUUUUUGGGUCAAAUUUUUCUUUUGCUUUGUUUGAAGAAGGAAUAUACAGAAGUAAAAUCUUGUCUUCUCUGCUGAUUCUUUAAUUAAUAUGAGCUGGAUACUUUCCACUGUCUUCUUGGCACUUUCAGGAUUUCUUAAUGCUGAUAUAUGGACUCUUAGAAUGAAAUUUUUGAAGAAAAAUCUCAAAGCCUGUAUCGUUCUUGAAGGUCACAUGUACCUAUUGUGAAAAUGUGAAGCUGUAUUUCUGAAGCUGAAAUAAAUUAUAACAUUUGAAGGA